AUGAAAAGUUUUUUAGGAAUUACCAUCCAUUUGUAUAUACAAAGCCUGUCAAUGAAAUCUGGAAUUAUUGGUGUCAUAGAAUUAAAUGAAUCUCAUACAGCCAACUACAUCAGCCAAGAAAUGUUAAAAUGCUUGAAUGAAUGGGAUAUUCCUAUAGACAAAUUAAUGGCUGUUGUAUCAGAUAAUGGUGCAAACAUCACAAAAGUGGUGAAAGAUUCUUUUGUUACUUAUAAGUAUGUGCCUUGUUUCGCACAUACAAUUAACUUAAUAUACUCUAGUAUAGUUGAAAAGUCAAUAUCUAAUACCACAUCAUUAAUUGAUUUAUUAUCAAAUGUAAGAGAGAUCAUGAAGCACUUUAAACGAAGCACAUUCCUUAGUGAUGAACUUAGAAAAAAACAGAUUAAUCAAGGCAUUAAAGAUGGUGCACCCGGUGGAAUAGUGUCUUUUAUAUGCUUCAAAGAUUUGUCGAGCUCUCUAAAAUUAUUUCGGAAAUAA